GUAAAAUCCUUAAUGAUGAUACUGCUCUUAAAGAAUACAAAAUAGAUGAAAAGAACUUUGUGGUGGUUAUGGUGACAAAACCCAAAGCAGCAGCUGGAACAUCUGAGCAGUCAAAUGCCACUACUGCUAUUAGCUCGACAACUGCAGCUCCUGCAACUCCCACACCAGUCACUGUACCAAUCCCUGCUGCUGCCCCUCUGCCAGCUCCUAUCCCUCCACCAUCAGCACCAGAUGCAGUUACUUAUGAAUCUGCACCUGUGAGUGCUCCUAAAGAAGAGAAGCCAGCAGAAAAACCACCUGAGGUACCCGCUGCUGUCAACCUAUCAUCAACUGACAGUACAACAGGUGAUACAUCUCGAUCAAAUCUUUUUGAGGAUGCUAUAAGUGCACUUGUGACAGGUCAGUCCUAUGAGAAUAUGGUGACUGAGAUCAUGUCAAUGGGCUAUGAACGAGAACAAGUAAUUGCGGCACUGAGAGCCAGCUUCAACAAUCCUGACAGAGCGGUGGAAUACCUUUUAAUGGGUAUACCUGGAGAUAAUCAGGCUGUGGCUGAACCCCCUCAAGCAGCAAGCACUGGUGCCUCUCAGUCUUCAGCAGUGGCAGCAGCAGUAGCAACUAUACCUACGACUACUAGUUCAUUAGGAG